GUCGACUCCAGCCACUUAAGCUUACAAAUACAACACUAUUGGUGGGACCGGGUGCACGUCGGUCGUAAACUUGCGCAAUUCCUUCUCUUUCACACUCCACACUCACUCUCUUCGCUUGCGGACAAGAUGUCUUCAGAUAACGGCUGGCUAGGUACGCUACCACCUUACAUCAAAGCCAAGGCGUUCUUGCGCACGGAUGCCUAUGGAACGUAUGCCAACAACAAGCUCUCGUUGGCGCUGAAGCUGCGACUGGUGCUCGUGUGUCUCACGCUGGUGCCUGUCAAGCUCUUUGCGAGCCUAUUCUGCGUCGUCUCAUAUUACUUGUUCAUUUCGGUCGGCAAUGUCGUCCUCAAAGAGCCUUAUAAGACCAAGUACAUGGCGUUCUGGGGCCGGUUCUGGACGCGCAUGUUGCUGUACGCGUUGGGGUUCUGGACCAUCAAGUGGGUGUACGUGAGCCCCGACGGCUCGACGUCGUCCACUGCCCCCGCCGGUUUCUUGGAGCGCCGCUUCGGCGGCUACGUCUCCAACCACUGCAGCUGGGUGGACAUCGUGCUAUACAUGUCCCGUCUGUUUCCGUCCUUUGUGGCGAAAAAGGAGGUCUCCAACCUGCCGCUCAUUGGGGCCAUCAGCAAGGCCAUGCAGUGCCUGUUCGUGGACCGGGAGGCGCGGUUGGCGGCAGCGGCGGCGGAGGGCGGCAAGGCCGCGGCGGACGCAGCGGCGGCGAGCGGAGGUCAGGGCAUGGCACAGCUGGUGAGGGAGCGCAUGGCUCGCAAGUACGAGCUGGGCAGCGCGGAGCUGCCCAUGAUGCUGUUCCCGGAGGGCACCACAACCAACAACAAGUACAUCAUGCCCUUCAAGCGCGGCGCCUUCGUGGCGGGCGUGCCCGUGCAGCCGCUGGUGCUCAAGUACAGGGGCAGCUUCCGCUUCUCGCCCACCUGGGACGCCAUGCCGGGCCACCACCACAUCUUCCUCACCAUGACGGAGCUCAGAUACGGCGUGACCGUGCACGUGCUGCCGAUGUACGUGCCCAGCCAGGAGGAGCGGGACGACCCGGCGCUGUACGCGGAGAACGUGCGGCAGAUGAUGGUCAAGUACACCAAGAUCCCCUCCUGCGAGGACACCUUCGGCGACAAGCUGGAGUUUUUCAAGUACGUCACAGGGCGCAUGGCAGCCGACAAGAAGACGCAGCAGGGCAAGCAGGGGCAAGGGCCAGCGGGCAGCGACAAGGCCGACGUGGCGGCCACGGGGCAGAACGGCGGCUUCACCGUGCACGCCAAGGCGUCAUGAGGGCGCGGUGGUUGUCGCGGCUCUGUGAUCUGGAGCCGCUGAGUAUGAAACAGAAUGGUUGGCCCUGGGCCAUGGGUUUGGCAUGGCCCCGUCUGUGUUUGGAAUCAUCAGGAGUUCAGGACGUGUGGUAGCCCUGCAAUUCUAAAAAAGUGCUUCAUGAAUCAUGAAGGCAGGUCGGGACUUGGACUGUGUUCGCAAGAGGCAUAGAUUUAGCUUAGUAGUUUGGGCGGCGCCGGGAUGCGCUGGGGUGACGCUGUGGGAGCGCGAGCGGCGGACGACUUGGCAAGACAACUAGGAGUGGCGGAAUCAGGUACAGUGAACGCUUGCAUAGAAGCUGCAUCGUAUGUACCAGAGCUUUGGUACCUGAGAGCACUGGGGCUGGAUUGCGGCGGCGAUGGGUCGCGACGUCACACUAAACGCUGGCGGGGGUCGGCAGGACAGGGUGCGGUGUUGGCGGGGAAGCGGAGCAGCCAUUCGCAUGUACCACGGCGUGGGCCGGUAUGGACGGGUAACGCAGGUAUUGACGCUCGAACACUCACUGUAAGCACGGACGCGU